CGUAAAGUGCAAAUAUAUUUCUGAACAAAAAUUGUGCCACUCUGAUGGAGUCGAACGACACUUGGUUUCAACAUGGCGCCCGUAGGGACCACCCUGAUCCAGUGCUGUGACUGUCCGCCUGAAGCUGAGAAACCGCUACCAAUGGCAACCACGACAUCAGCCCCUGGACAAGAGUGGGAAUUUCCAUGGCGGGAAAUACCAUGGCAACCAAUCGUGACGUCACUAUCCAUAAUAGUCUCCACCACGGUGACUCUGAUUAUCGUCUGCUACAACCACCGUCAGAACAAGAAGAUCAGCGCCCUGAGGAACAACCUGUCGUUUGUUAACGACCAACUGGCCAAGCUGUACGGACCUCUGUACGGCAACAGGCUAGCCAGCCACAAAAUUUUUGAAGAGGCUGUCGGAGAGCUGGUGGACAGAGAGACGGAAGGUCUUGUGGACUAUCUCAUCAAGGCCCGCUGGAUCUGGGAGAAGAACACCACGGAAGGUCAAAGGUUACUGAACCGCUGGCGGACCUUCCUGUAUUACGUCAUCCACCCCCUGGACCUGAAGGCUGAGGAGAUCAUCCGGGACAAUGCGCACCUAUACGAGGACGGGUGCCCGGAUGUGUUCAGGGACUUCAUCGUGCACGUCAAUCACCAGAAAUUCGUCGUUGCGCGUUGGAAGAAGUCGGAAAGAGGCGAAAAACUAGACAUGGAUGUGGAGUUCUCGGAGAAUGACUUCUCGCGAGACAACAACGCGGGAAGCUCCACCUACCGUCUGUUCUGGACUCUCGAGGAACACGUGACCGAAUCGUACGAGAAACUCGUCAAGAGAAAACGGAGGCUGAUGCGACUCAUCAAGGAGUCAACUGGCAACGGGGGAGGGAAGUUAGAAAAAUAAAGGCCAUGUGAACUGAAGAAGGUCGUGCAAAUUUGAAAAUAAACACGAGCGUACGUCUAUCAUUUGGACGGAUCCGGUCCGGAUCGUCAAUUUGAUGAUAAGAUGAACAAUAACGCUGCAAUUUCACACAAUUGUCAACGAGAUGUUGUGUAAAUUUUAACAAUGCAGAGAAAAAUACAUUUUUACACGAGGCAUACGUGUACAAGAAAGGAGAUUUAGACUGAUCUCGGACCCUUCCUUGUAUGUGACACAACAAUAGCAAAGUUGGAGCGAAAACAUUUUGACAUGUGGCGUGACACAUACUAGUAGUCUUAACGCUGUAGUUCCAGAGCUUUCAAGAAGGAGGCGCUGCUGUACAACGAAAUUUCAGAGGCUGCCCUUGGCUAUGCGGAUCGAUAACCUAUAACAUAAACGGAAGACACACUGUACAUGUACUAGUAUUUAGCAUUUCAUGUGGAUUGCAGAUCCUGCAAUAAGGCAAGAAUUAAGAAGGACAAACAAUUCAUAAUCAUCAUAACGAGAAAACAAGUUAACUUGUCACAUCAUCCUGACAAUAUUAAUAUGUACAAUAUCACGCCCAAGUUUGCUAACUGCGGUAAUAAGGUUAUGUCUUCAUCACCGUUCUGUGCCUGUCUUUUUGUGUAAUUGAGUACAACCCAAUAUGUUACUGAAGUUUUUUUUUACAAUUCUCAGACGAAAAUAUUUCUUUUGACCGGGGCCAAAAUGGUGCGAUAAAGCGUCGGUCACAACCCGCCGUGCGUGCUUUUUGUCCGGACGUUUUAUUGGGAAGCCACGUCUCCUACGCUUUUCUGAAAACGCGGGGAAGGAGUGGCGUCGACGCACGUCACUCGCACGGUUGCGCAAGGUGUAAG